UCGUCGUGUUUGCGAGGCUGGUGAAGUAUUCGCCCUGCCACGGAGCUUAUUUAUCGAUCAUUAUACUUUACACAGGAAAGUGGGGCCGGCCUUGUACACAAAUCGUAGUGGUGUUAAACAAACGGAGUAACAAAACUGAUUUGUGUGUCUUCUCCAUGGCGUGAAAUAACAACGUUUUACGGUAACACGGGGAGAGGCCAUCCACCUGUAAGCGGCGUCCCGUUCCACAGGAGACUUCUUUACAGGACCUAGCUGCCAUCGCCCGGUAGUCUGGCAGUGGAGGAUCUUAGCAAGGAUACAAAAUACAGCGUCCUUGGCCUAUCAACUAACCAGGAACGUCACCUCUCGUGAGUUUUGUCCGAGACUUUUCGAGUGUAUAGACUUUGGGCUUGUGACAGAUAUGGCAAUCGCUUGGAGUGCAGGUGACUAUUCUUCAGCGGGGAACGGUCAAGCUGGUGGCGGCUUCUCUCAAGCGCCGGGUGGACCAAGGGGCUACGAUGCAGCACUGGCAGUCGGCGCAUGCGCAUCAGUGCUGGUGACGGUAGGCGCGGUGGGUUUCCUGUGCACGUGGCUAUGGAGACGGAAGCAAGGUUACCAUAGCAACGUGGAUGACCUGAACAACGGAGGAGGCAACUCUUGGUUGGAGUGUUGCUGGCCAACAAGAAGUACCUCCUUGGACAACCUCGUUCCAUUGCCAACGAUGACCACAUCCCCAUCAGACAACCAUGGGAACGAGAUGAUGGCGCGUGCCGCAGUUCCCAUGGAGACCAUCCCGUUCACAGUCCCCAACACCGAGAGGAUUCAGCCGUCCGGACCUGGCGAACAAGUCAAACCCAUCACCACAGCCUACAACUACCAGCAGCAUUUCUUAGGACAACUACAGCCCGAGCUUUAUAAGUACACAGAUGAAGACGAUGAGACAGAGAAGCACCUUCCCCCCAGCCCAUCCGGAAGAAUCUGGUUCUCCGUGGUGUUUGACGCCUCCGUGCAGACUCUAACCGUGUCUAUUCUCAAAGUCAAACACCUCCCCCCGCGAGACAAGAACAACGCCAGCAGAGACACGUUUGUCCGCGUGUACCUUCUUCCUGAUGAACGGAUGUCUCAGCAGUCCAAGGUGCGCAGGAAAACGCUCAACCCUCGCUUCAACGAAACCUUCGUCUUUCAGGUCUCGGAAACAGAGGUACGAGAGCGCAUGCUCAGACUGUCCGUGUACGACAUGGACAGGAGACGGGUGCGUCACUCCCUGGGUCACGUGAUCCUGCCGCUAACGGAGGUGGACCUGGCUAAGGACGAACUGAUGUGGAGAGACCUGGAGGACGCUGCUCAUGCGUCCACAGUGGGUGAGCUGAACGUGUCCCUGUCCUAUCUGCCGUCCAUGGACAGGUUAAAGGUCGUCAUAUUACGCGCCAAAAAUUUCAGAAGGUUGGAAUUCGACGACACAGCCGUGUACGUGAAGGUACAGCUAAUGCACGGUAGAAAACCCGUGAAGACGAAGAAAACAUCUCCCCAGCAGGGCCACUGUGAGCAGGUGUACAACGAGUCCUUCUCCUUCACCGUCACCGCCAAACAGCUGGAGCAGACCAGCGUACAGGUCACCAUCGUUGCCACGGGCAACGGCAGACUUAGUUCAGACGAGGAGUAUGGCAGGUUUGUGCUGGGACCGUUCAUGUUCGCCCGAGGGGAGGAGCUUCUCCACUGGCAGGAAAUGCUGGCCGAACCUCGAAAGGUCAUAACCAGAUGGCACUCUCUGACGACAUCGUGACGUCAUGUGACGUCAUCACUGGUCUCUUCAGACAACUUUUCAGAAGGCUACCUAAAUCUAACAAAGAGAUUUCCAUUCAUAGAUAAGAGCAUUCCCUCCGUUUAGUAUCCGUUAUAAGGGGGAUGAUAUCGAUACAAGUUCAGAAAGACAUGAACUUUCGUAACUUAUGCAGAACUAGACAGAUACAUGCUGAUUAUAUCAGAUAGAAGGAAGUGAUAGAAGGAAGUACGGGAACCCUUUGGGCUCUUUCUAGACGCCAAGUUUUGUAGCAGAUUUUGUAUGUGCUUUAAAUAUACGCAAACCUCAUCUAGAUUUAGCCACUGACAGACAUUUUUAUCUGCAAGAGUUGGCAACUGUUCAAAAUCAAUACUAUAUGUAUCAGCCGAAGUCGCUAAUUGUUGGGAUUGAUAGCGUGGGCAUGGAAAUAUGCGAUCAAGACGAUGUACUACAGGGUUAAUUUGUGAUACAGCAUGAAGUAUGCGGUACAGACUUGACUUCUGAUGUAUGUAUUGAUAAUGAUGUUUCCCUCUGGGUAGGCCAUGUUGUUUAUUGCGUAACAAGUAUCUAUUACACAAGUAUUUAUGAUUAGAAAGUGUCCCAUAUUCUGUACGAUAUGCAGCCGUCAGAAUUAUGGUGCAGUUACCUGUCAUCGUAGACUUAACCGUUUGUCGUGCACAGAAUACCACCAAAAGAAAUUUGCACCUGUCUUGUGGAAACGUAAUUUUAUAAGUGAUUGUAGAUCGGCAGCUCUAAUAGGUCUUGCUACAUGCCAAAGUUUACGUUUAUAUGUAUAUAGAGACUAAUAAGAUUUAAUGUAACGUUUUACUUUUUUUUGGCUCGUGAGAGUCGUAUCUAGCCUGGGUACCAUCCUAUUUCUACCGGGGCUCCGUACACUCACUUCCCUAAAGUAUUUUUUAGGGGUAGCGAGUGUAAGGAGCCCCGGUAGAAUACGGAUGAUACUCAGGCUAAGUCGUAUCAGCGUCACAUGCGAAAUACUGAGAUACAAUUCAGUGUUAUCUACAUUAAGAUUAAGAUAAAUGUAGCUCGGAAAACGCUAACCGGCGUCAACCACAUUACAUCUUUGGUAGACAUAAUAGCGAUUAUGCUAAACUGCAAACGAAAGUUAAAGCGAUGAAAGUUAGCCAUCCAGGUAAUAAGAUGCGCCAAAUAGCCGUUACUCAACCUGAUAUUAUUUUGGAAACGUUUUCAACCUGUGUGAGUAACUGCUAUUUGGCGUGCAAGUUGUCUAUCAUAUACGGCCACGGUUCAGACUCAGUUGCAAAUGUAACGUGGCGGUUUUUUUUCUUACUAACAAAGACCAAAAGUUAGGGCGUUUACUGAGAAGUAAGAACAUUAAUUCAUUUAAGGUCGAUGGAAUAGUUAAGUCAAACUAGAUUGUGUUGUUACCAUUCCUUUGAUAUUGGUG